AUGGUGGUUCCUGAAGGUGGUGGUGGUUGUGGCGGUGGGGAUGCUGGUGGUGGUGGUAGGUCUCGUCUGCCGCUGUCAUCAGCAACCCAGUCGCCAAAACCCAGCAAUGGUUUAGAAGAAGCAGAGAAUGAAUUGAAUAAAGCCACAGAAGAAGUGGCUCCGGCCAAGGAAGAGCAAAAGGCAGUGACUUUCAAAGGUGGUAAUUGUGAUCGGUCGUCUUCUUCGUCUUCAUCCCCUGCUUUGCCAAAACCAGCCAAGGAACUGUUCCGUAUUAAAGAAGAAAACAUAGAUGUUGUAGUUGUGGAUGAUGAUGUUGAUGUUGAUGGGGGAGAUGAUGGGCACUUUAAUGGUGGUGAUGGUGGUACAUUUUCUUCAUCUUCAUCCAUGGCGUUGCCUAAAUCCAUGGAGGGUUUGCACGAGGCAGGACCACCGCCCUUCUUGAACAAGACUUUUCAAGUGGUGGAUGACCCAGAAACCAAUUCGGUUGUUUCAUGGAGUGCAGCUGGUCAGAGCUUCAUUGUUUGGGACUCUUACGAGUUCUCCAGGACUCUCUUGCCCAAAUACUUCAAGCACAACAAUUUCUCAAGCUUCAUCCGCCAACUCAACACUUAUGGCUUCAAGAAGGUUGAUCCGGACAGGUGGGAGUUUGCAAAUGAAGGGUUUCAGGGAGGGAAGAAGCACUUGCUGAAGAACAUCAAGAGAAGAAUCAGAUAUAACAAGCAGCCAACUGUAGGCUGUGUUGAUUCAACCAAAACUGGGUUAGAAGCCGAAAUUGAAAGUCUAAAGAAAGACCAAGACUUUUUGAAAUUGGAAAUCAUGAAUCUCAGACAACAACAAAAGUACUCACAGCAUCAACUGACUGCUAUUGAACAACGAAUUCGAAAUUCAGAGUGUAAGAACCAAAGGAUGCUCUUUUUCCUCACCAAAACAGCCACAAAUUCCACCAUCGUCCAGCAGCUAAUGCAGAAGAGAGUGAUAAAGAGAGAGCUGGAUGGGAGUGAUCUACGCAAGAGAAGGAGAAUGCCUUCAGUCCAAGUCCUUGAAAGCUUGCGUGAUGGGAUUGAUACCAGCCUCAGUGUGGAUUGUGGAAGCCAACUUGAGGAAGAACUGGUGCCUAUGCAGUCUCUGCUUGCUGAACAAGUGGCAGAGGCAAAGGUUGCCAAACAAAAUGAAGCCCCAUUGCCAGCUCCCAUGAUUGAUAAAUCAGGCAAUGCAGUUCAAGAUCUUAAGCCCCAUGUGAUGGCCGGAACCGGCACGGAAGACAUGCCCACUGCUUAUCAUGGCAUGUCUGAGAAUUUCCUGGAGGAAAAUGUAGUCUUUGAUGAUGAUGAAUUUGAAGUCGAUUACUCUAAUUUUUAUCGAGAAUUGGAGGAUUUGAUUGGCAAGCCACAUGAUUGGAGUGGUUAUGUAAGUCACUGCCUGAUGGAGCAAGCUGGGUUGCAGAGACCUGAGAAUCAAAAUGCAACAUCAGAUGAAUGA